GUGGCCAGUUGCUUGGAGUAACAACUUCUCAACUCUUGUUUGACUUCAUAUAACUGUCUCUGGACUCCCUGUGAUCCAACUUCAACUUCAACAAUCACCACCAUCACAACCCAUCCACCAUUGCCAAAACACUCAGAAUCAACUAUCAAUCAAUCCAUGACACAAACAAACUGACUCAAACCUCACAAAACCCAGAUCACAUGAACCCCCAACCAUGUCCCUCUCCUCUUCAGUUCCUUCCUCUACUCCUCCUCCUCCUCCUUCCACCAUUCAUGUCAAUCCCUGCAUUUGGGUUCGGCUCAACCGGUCCAAUCGCCGCCACAUUCGGUGACAACGAGUUCUUCUGCGCCAUUGAUGCCGCUGGCAAUCAAGAAAUCAUAUGUUGGCAAAACAACAACUACAACAAAUCAACAACAUCAUCAUCGUCGUUGUAUUUUGAUUCUCUUCCUCCAAUGGCCUCUCUCUCGGGUGGCGAGGGAUUUAUGUGCGGCAUUUCAUCGAACACUUCGCAAGCGUAUUGCUGGCAAUUGUCAAACCCAGGUACAGAUCUCGUCCCACCUGUUUUUAAGUACUUUUCUUAUUCCCAAAUCGCCGCUGGAUCGAGUCAUGUUUGUGCAAUUAGAGGAUCUUAUAAUUCAACUAUUGGUUAUGGCACAGUAGAUUGUUGGGAAUUUAGUGAAACACCAUAUGAUUCUAGUAAUAGUGCUCUGUUUCCUGUAAAUGGUUCUUCAUUUCAUGACCCGUCUGUGAAUAAUUUGACUUUUAAGAGUAUUGUUUCUGGGGGUAAUUUUAGCUGUGGUGUUGUGAAAGAUGGGGGUGUUGUUUGUUGGGGACCGAAACCGGGUGAUUUGAGAGUUUCAGCUGAAUUUGGGGAUUUUGAAACAUUGGCUUCAGGGAGGGGAUCUGUUUGUGGGAUUUCUAGUUUAUCUGGAGAAGUGAAAUGUUGGGGUGAUGCCAAUGAGUUUGGUGUUCCGCCAACAGGUAUUCAAUUCGUGGCAUUAUCAGCUAGUGCUCGUCAAUUUUGUGGCAUACGCAAAGAUGACCAUGGAAUUGAAUGUUGGGGAAGCAUCGAUGAUGACUCCUCAGUUCCUAAAGGUCCCGGGUUUACUGCUAUUGCUUCAUCCGAGUUUACUACUUGUGGGGUUAGAGAAGUUGACUUAGUUCUUGAUUGCUGGGGUGCAAGUGGGCAAUCACAAUCCCCACUUGAUUUCAGUCCUCCUUUGCAGUUAUGUAGUCCGGGUGUUUGUUUGCCAGGUUCAUGCCCUAAUGGGAGUUUUGCAUUCAAUGCGAGUCUUCUACAUGAACCAGAAUUGACAAGCUUGUGUGUUCAAAAGGAUCUGAAUAUUUGCUUGCCUUGUGGGUCAAAUUGUUCUCAAGGCUUUUUCCCUUCUAGUAUGUGCAGCAAGAACGCAGAUAGAAUUUGCACUGAUUGUUCCCUUUGCCAGAACAGCUCUUGUUGGGUGGUUUGUGGAUUUCCUUCUUCAUCAGAGUUUCAAGAGAUCAAGAAACCGAUUGUUAUCCUUGGAUCUUGUGUGUUGGGAUUCAUACUAGUUGUAAGUGGGUGGUGUCUUAUUCCUCGAUUGAUCAAAUCUAAAACUGAAAGGAGGGAUAAAACCCGGGGAACUUCUUGCCUACGAAAACCAGUGGUGGAGGCUGAGCCUGACCCGAGCAUGCCACAACCCGUCUCUGUAACCAUGUGUAUUGGAACAGCACAGGUUUUCCGGCUCUCUGAACUAAAAGAUGCUACAAACGGGUUCAAGGAGUUUAAUGAGCUUGGUCGGGGAAGCUAUGGGUUUGUUUACAAAGCAACACUUUCGGAUGGUUCCCAAGUUGCAGUCAAAAGGGCUAAUGCUGCCACCAUCAUUCACACCAACAACCGGGAUUUUGAAGCAGAGGUUGAAAUUCUUUGCAAUAUUCGGCACAACAAUAUCGUGAACUUACUUGGAUAUUGCGCUGAAAUGGGGGAGAGAUUGUUAGUUUAUGAGUUCAUGCCACAUGGUACACUUCAUGAUCAUCUCCACGGGGAACUCUCUCCUUUGGUUUGGAAUCUCAGGUUAAAGAUUUCAUUGCAGAUUGUGAAAGGACUUGAGUACCUUCAUAAAAUAGCCAACCCUCCCAUUGUUCAUCGGGAUGUGAAGACAUCGAAUAUUCUUCUGGAUUCUAACUGGGAUGCAAGAAUUUCAGAUUUUGGGGUCCUGAGUGUAAACGACAGAGAUUUAAACGAAGGCAUGGUGAACGAUGUCUAUAAUUUUGGUAUCGUUUUGCUAGAGAUUUUGAGUGGAAGGAAAGCUCAUGAUAGGGAUUACUCGCCUCCAUGUAUUAUCGAGUGGGCACUGCCUUUAAUAAGACAUGGAAAGGCAGCCGCUAUAAUCGAUGUGAACGUGGCUUUACUAAAAAAUGUGGAACCACUGCUCAAGCUUUCUGAAAUCGCCGAGCUUGCUUUGAAGGAAAAUCCCAGUGAGCGUCCUGUUAUGUCUGAUUUGGUUGUCUGGUUGGAUCAAAUUGUCAAAAGUGAUUGGCUUUGAUUGUUCAAGAUUGAAAAGGUUUGUUGUGGCUACUUUGGUGAGUAAUUUUUCCCAACAAUGUAACAUUUGUUUCUGGCAAGUUGUACAUUUCCUUAAUUUAGAUCAUAAUUUUUUCUGUGUCACAAAAGUCUUUGAGAUUGCAGUUGUUGCAGCAGUUUUUUUAUUUUAUUACUAUUAUUUUUUUGAGGUUGAGAGUUGUAGGGUUUCUGCCCCUUUGUGUAAGCAUUUGGCAGCUGUGUAUUCUUGUAUUAUUAUGGCAAUUAUUCUGAAAGAAUAACAUGUAUUUUUUUAUUUAUUUUAAAUAAUACAUUACAUAUGCAUUAAGCAUUGAUA